UAUAAAGCGAUGAAUGCUUUGCUUGCCGUCAUAAAGACACUCCGCUCCGGCUCCUCAAGUUUCCUUCUCCCCCCGUACCGUCUCAACGGUUACUUUCCAUUUCCAUAUGCCUUUCCCUUCCCUUGACGCCCAAUCUGCUUCCUUCUUUCCUCUUCUGUAAAAAAAAAAAAAAACCAAGAACCAACUACCUCCUCUCGCCUGAGUAGACAACCGCCGAGGAGUUCUCCGGCGAUUACUCCAUGGAUUUCAGUUCAUUCUUAACGUCCUUAGGGACAUCCUUCAUCAUCUUCAUCAUCCUAAUGCUCCUCUUCGCCUGGCUCUCCCGCCGGCCGGGCAACUCCGUCAUCUACUACCCAAACCGGAUCUUGAAAGGGAUGGACCCUCUCGAAGGCGGACCCUCCAGGACCCGAAACCCUUUCUCCUGGAUCCGGGAAGCUCUGUCCUCCACCGAGCAGGACAUCAUCAACAUCUCCGGCCUCGACACCGCCGUCUACUUCGUCUUCCUCGGCACCGUGUUGGCGAUAUUCGUGUUGUCCGGGUUGCUCCUGCUCCCUGUUCUGCUGCCAAUUGCGGCAACGGACAACAAUAUCAAAGGCAGCAAGUCCGAUGUCAGCAACAACACCUUCGACGAGCUCGACAUGCUCUCCAUGGGCAACGUUACGGAGAAGAGCUCGAGGCUAUGGGCAUUCCUAAUCGCCACUUACUGGGUUUCUCUGGUUACUUACUACUCGCUAUGGAAGGCUUACAACCAUGUUUCAGCACUUAGAGCAGCUGCUCUCAUGUCCCCUGAGGUGAAAUCUGAGCAAUUCGCUAUUCUGGUUAGGGACAUCCCUCCUCCCCCUUCAGGGGAAACCAUGAAGCAACAUGUUGAUUCCUACUUCAAGGCGAUCUACCCUGAUACCUUCUACAGAUCCAUGAUCGUCACCGACAACAAAAUGGUGAACAAAAUCCACGAGGAACUGGAGGGGUACAAGAAGAAGCUGGAGCGUGCUGAAGCUGUGUUUGCUUUGUCCAAGGAAACUGGGGGUAAGCCGGAAGGGGUUCGACCCACGACCAAAACCGGUUGUAUGGGUCUUCUUGGUAAGAAAGUGGAUAGCAUUGAGUAUUUCAACGAGAAGAUCAAUGAGCUUGUCUCCAAACUGGAAGCAGAACAGAAGUUGACUCUCUUGGAGAAGCAUCAGUCUGCAGCCAUUGUGUUCUUCACCAGCAGGGUGGUUGCUGCUUCGGCUGCACAGAGUCUCCAUGCUCAGAUGGUGAACAAGUGGACUGUCACGGAUGCUCCCGAGCCUCGUCAGGUGAUAUGGACUAAUCUCAGCAUGAAGUUCUUCAUGAGGGAGAUCAGGCAGUACAUUGUGUACGUCAUCGUGGCAUUGACCAUUUUAUUUUACCUUAUCCCAAUCGGUUUGAUCUCGGCCUUCACCACUCUGGGCAACCUGAAGAAGCUCCUCCCUUUCUUAAAACCGGUUCUGAACAUUGGUGCAGUGAGGACGGUUUUGGAAGCUUACCUCCCUCAGAUUGCCCUCAUUGUAUUCCUUGCCAUGCUGGCCAAGUUGCUGCUGUUCCUCUCCAAGGCGGAAGGGAUUCCUUCCCUGAGCCAUGCAAUUAGAGCCGCCUCAGGAAAGUACUUCUACUUCACCGUGUUGAAUGUUUUCAUCGGUGUCACGAUCGGUAACACCUUGUUCAACACGUUCAAGGACAUUGAAAAUGAUCCCAACUCUGCUGUCGACAUUCUAGCCACUAGCCUUCCUGGGAGUGCUACAUUCUUCCUCACUUACGUGGCUCUUAAGUUCUUCAUUGGAUAUGGGCUCGAGCUGUCCCGGAUUGUGCCACUGAUCAUCUUCCAUGUAAAGAAGAAGUAUCUUUGCAAGACAGAGAAUGAGAUCAAAGCCGCUUGGGCUCCAGGUGAUCUUGGAUAUGUAUCUAGAAUUCCCAGCGACAUGCUGGUCGUCACGCUUGUGAUGUGCUACUCUGUGAUCGCUCCUCUCAUCAUCCCAUUUGGCGUCAUUUACUUUGGCCUCGGAUGGCUUGUUCUUCGCAAUCAGGCACUGAAAGUCUACGUCCCUUCAUUCGAGAGCUACGGAAGGAUGUGGCCACACAUUCAUACAAGAAUCCUAGCUUCUCUGCUGCUGUACCAAGUCCUGAUGUUCGGUUACUUCGGGGUGAAGAAAUUCGUAUACGCGCCAAUCCUGAUCCUGCUCCCCAUCGUCACCUUGAUCUUCGCCUUCGUCUGCAGGAAGAAGUUCUACCGUGCAUUCAGCAGCACAGCUCUUGAAGUUGCUGCCGGUGAACUGAAGGACCACCCCAACAUGGAACAAAUCUACAGGACUUACGUCCCACCAAGCUUGGGCUCCGAGAAGGUCGACGAUGAUCACUACGAAGACGCAAUCUCGCGGUUGGGAUCUUUCGCUUAAUUGGGAUGUAGAUAAAGAAAUUUCCCUUCCACAUUUCUAUAUCCCCGGCGUUGUGCAGAUGACAUUGCAGUAGUUAAUUAUUGUUGCGUGUAAUAGUAGGGAGUCUUUUGGGUUUGGGGUGACUGCAAACUUGAAUUACAUGGGAUGUUACUAUUCUGGGAAAUGUAAUGACAGUCAAAUGUUCGUACAUUUCAUCGUGUUGAUACACUUAUUCGUAUGAUGGAAUGUGUGGUUUGUAACGUUCGUCCGCAAUCGUUGUUCGUUGCUUGAUAUUAGUCAUGAAAUUGUGCAAUCUCAUAUGCA